UGGCCUAUAUAUGUGUAUUCGACUGGUUGUUGUUGUCUGCUUACGUUCACCAUCUGAAACGUCCACAUGUGGGUUGAUUGCUACACGUUAUUAUUAGGGGAAAUUGUACCUUACGACAAGCGAUAUUGUGAUAAAACCGGUUGAAUUCCAUUAAAGCAAAGCAUGGUGAAGAAAGGGAUGAUGAAUGAAGAGAUAAAACAAAAAACAAUAUCAACUGCUACAGAGUGCCAAACAUUGUACAAGAAACAGUCAGUAAAGGAACCAAAAGGAAGGCCUAAGUCUGGUAGGCUUUGGAAAACAGAGCAAACAAAAAGAUUUUCUGGUUUGAAAAAUGAUAAACCUUUAAGAAGUUCUUGGAAAAGGAAAAUGACGGAAAAAGCUGAAAAACAAUCGAUAAAGAAAUAUGAGCAGGAAUUGAAACAAGCGAAGAUAGAUGCCAUAGAGUUAAAGAAACGACGACGGGAGGAGAAUUUAAAGCGUAAAUUAGAAAAUGAACGUAAACACGAAGUUGUUCAAGUGAUUACAAAUACAGCAAAGAUGAAAAGAAUGAAGAAGAAACAUCUAAGGCAAGUGGAGAAAAGAUGAGGGAAUGAAUGGAGAAAAUAAUGAAAAAUAUACCAGAAAAUUAAGCUAUAAAUGGUCAAAGGUCAAAUAAUUUACCAAUUAGAACAGGGCCAGAAAUACUUGUUCUACGUGUUGUCCCACCAAUGCACUAGUUUAGGAGCAGGGCGCAAUUGGGCCAAAUCUACGUACACAGAAAACGUAGGACGCCCGUUAGGAUGGUCAUGCAUGAGUGAUUCUGUUCUAGCAUCACGUUGUCGAACAUUUAGAAAUUAACAACAGACCAUUACUAUAGUGACUAUAAAAAACUUGGGUGGUCAUGUUUUAUCCAUAUUAAUGGGAGAUAAUAAAUUAAGAAGGAAUGUAUGGAUCAUGGUUAGAUAUGCACAGUACCAUCUAUAUUUACUGUUUAUAUUAUGAACAUGUGCAGGCAGGAGUGCCCAUCUCUAUUUAGCGUUUGGGCCUAACUGUGCAGUGCUUUGAGGGGAUUGCCACUCCUUCUUUACAGCAAGUCUGUUUACCUUCCCAGCAUGUGCUGAUACCCAUCUGUCUUGCCCCAGAGCACAAGCAACUUGCACAGCGAGGGGCUCAAAUUCCUGACCACCAGGUUGAGUGUCCGAGCCUCAACUGCUUUGACAGUAAAUAGUAUAUUGGAGAGAAAUUGUUUUAAUGCAUGAGCAACUGUCUUCAAUUUCAAUUGUGAGUUGGUCUCCAAACAUUAAAUAAAAAAAUAAUCAAAACUGA